CCCAUGUCUACAAUCUGAAACAAACACAAUCCAAAGUAUCAGUUCUGCUAUCUUCUUCCCACCCUCCCCUGUUUCUCUAGCUUCAGUACUCCUGCCAUGGCUUUUGUUGCCACGGCAUCUGGACACAUCUUUGGCAUAUUAGCCUUAAUUCUCUUGUUAGCAUGGCUUAUACAUUUCCGUGGUGGAAUUGAUCUUAAUUCUUCUGAUGCUGCACACAUAUUCAAUGUACACCCAUUUCUUAUGUACUUUGGUUUCGUCUUCUUUGCUGGUGAAGCGAUUAUGGCCUACAAGACAGUACGUGUAGACUGGAAGGCUCAGAAAUUUGUUCACAUGUCUCUUCAUGUUAUCGCAAUUGUACUCGGGAUUGUCGGAAUCUAUGCUGCCUUCAAGUAUCACAAGCAGCAAGGGAUAGCAAAUAUGUAUAGCUUGCAUUCUUGGCUCGGCCUGGGAACCUUUAUCAUAUAUGGUUUGCAGUGGAUUUUUGGGUUCUUCUACUUCUGGGUUCAAGGAGCUGAUGCAUCAGCAAGGAGAUCAUAUGCCAUCUGGCAUAUAUUUUUUGGUAGAGUUCUUCUAUACAUGGCAAUAUGCACAGCAGAGAGUGGUUUGAUGCAAUCAUCAACCCUUUUGGGGCUAGGAGCUGGCACUGAAUCUCGGAUUGUCAACUUUGCUGGAUUGGCAAUUCUUCUCUUUGGCAUUUCUGCGGAUCUCGCAAUUGCACCUAUACCAGAUGCCUUUUAAUUUAUUUCUUCUUCUUCUUCAUCUUCCCCUUUCCAUACCCUCCAACCCUAAUUUGAUUGUGGUUUGUCAAUAAUUUUACUUUUUGUAAGGAUAUGAUACUGCAUCCAUUGGAGGAUGGGAUUUUCAUACUUCCUGACCUAUGAGGAAGUAGUAGAGUGAUGUGAUUUAUGGGAUUUUUUUAAUUUUAAUUUUUUGCUUUGGAGAAUAUAUUAUACUUGCUUCAUGCGAUUAAAAAGGGUGUGUUGGUAUUUAUAAAGCUCAUCUAACUUGAUUAUUGUUCCA